GGGAAAUAUUUUGUAUUAGCAAAGAAAAUGAAUAUUAAAGUUUAAAUUCUCCAAGUCGCGCGAAAAACGCUAUUUAGAAAAUGGCGACGAUCACAUGACGUCGAUGACGUCACUGGCAAGUAAACAAAGUUACAAUUAAAAGAGCUAAGCUGUUUUUCCGUGGUUUUUCUUUAAUUAAUCCGUGAUAAUGGUGUAUAAAUGGUGUGCAGUGCCAGAAUGUAAAAAUACGUCUUUAAAAACUCCAGAAAAAAUAUUCGUUUCUGUUCCAACUAAUCCCAAAAGACGAAAAAUGUGGUUACAAUUAGCUCGAAGAGACCCAAAGAGCGUUUUAUCGCAUUCAAACAUUUUUAUGUGUGAAGAUCACUUUGAUGUAAAUAGAAAAAGAUACAACAAACUACUUGAAAUACAAAAUGGGCUUCAGUCAGAAGAUAUUUUUGACAGAUGAGGCUGUACCGACAAAAUUUCAUUGUCAAGAGGAUCGCAAGAGACGACUGUCCCCUCAAGCUGGACCUUCUCGAGAUACGUCCCUUAAAAGGCAAAGAAAAAGUCUUGUUGCGGAAUGUUUGGAAAGUCAAAGCACUACUGAAACGGAUGUUGAAAGUAUGAAUCAACAACAUGACAGUAUUACAGUACAAGAUACUGUUAUGCUGGAAGAAAUACCAAAAACUCUAGACAUGUUUUGCUAUUUAUGUUUAGCUACAAAUAAAAGAACAUUUAAUAUUUAUAAAACGGAUCUGCAAUACUUUUAUGAGAGCCUGGCGCACUAUACGGUUAGAGACAGCGAAUGUUGGAUGUGCUACAUCUGUCACACAAGGCUGCAGCAAUGUCUCCGGCUGCAGCAGUUGGCUGUGCAGACACGGGGUCUCGUUGAUGGCCAGAAUAAGAUCAAAAUUGAGUUUGGAUUGUUUGAAUCUUUAUUGGAAUUGACAACCUAUAAAAGGAAGAAUAUUUCCAUAGCAGAAACUACCGUCGAUGUCAAACAGGAGCCAGAUUUAAAGACAGAACCAGACAAUUAUGAUGGCAAGGACGAAGUUGAAUAUUUAAACAAUACAACAUAUAAUGACUAUGAGGAAAAUGAUGAAGCAGUAAUAAAAUUCAGAGAAGACAAUCAAUGUGGUAACGGUAUACGGGAAUUACUGAGUGCUGACCUAAAUGAACUAGGACCUGUGCUUAGAGUAAACAUAGUUAAGCUGAGCCAAAAUGAAAUUAACAAAUAUGUUAAUCAAAGUCCUAGAAGACAUCAAGUCACAGAAUGUCUCGAUGACCAAGCUGCAGCUAAAUAUACAGACGCACAGAAUAAAGAUGAUAAGGAAAUGACACAGAAAAUAGAAGACAAGACAGGAGAUGAAGUUAUCAAGCAAAUAACAAACGGCAAGAAUGGAAAUAGUGAGGCUCGGUCCUGCAGUCAGAAGCUGCAAAGUUGUGAUGGUAGUUCCAAGAAGUUUGUAAACAAAUUGAAAUUGCUACGGAAAUAUAUGAAGACUCAUAACAUACCGUACACCUGUGACUAUUGUUUAAAGGAAUGGAAAAGUAAAUCGAGAUUACUGGAUCACAUCAAAAGUGUUCAUGUUGAAAAACAGUUUGGCUGCGACAUUUGUUCAAAGAUGUUUACCAACAAGGCUGCUUUGUUCUCACACACAAUAGUUCAUACAGGUGACAGACCAUUCAGCUGUGAUAUUUGUGGGAAGAGCUUUGCCCAUAGAAGCACUUUAUAUAACCACAAUAAGCAUAUGCAUUCUGGUACCAAACAGUUUAGUUGCAACAUCUGUUAUCGAGGAUUCUCCCUUCGUUCUCGAUUAAAUGAACAUAUGCUCAUCCAUACAGAUGAAAACUUGCUAACCUGUCACAUUUGUGAUAAAAAGUUGACAAAAAAAGUAUAUUUAUCGGAACAUAUCAAAAUUCAUACAGGUGAAACACCAUACAGUUGUGAUAUAUGUUUAGAAAAAUUCCGAGGGAAGAAAUGUUUAAGAAAACACAUUAGAAUGAUUCAUUCGAAUACAUCAUUUAGCUGUGAUGUAUGUCAAAAGAAGUUUGCUUAUGAGAGUAAUUUGAAACGACAUGCAAAAGUUCAUACAUACGACCAACGACAUAGCUGUAAUAUGUGUCCAGAGGAAUUUAUACAUUUAAGAGAUUUAAAUAGACAUAGAAAAGUGGUACAUAAAGCAUAUCCAUAUAGCUGUGUUGUAUGUAAUGUGAAGUUUUCAUUGAUAAGUGAAUUGAAAGUUCAUGCAAAAGUUCAUACAGGCAUAGACCCAUUAAAACCAUAUAGCUGUCCUAUAUGUGCAAAGAAGUUUAUGAAACUGUUUUGUUUUAAAAGACAUAUAAGAGAUGUUCAUCGCCAAAUUAUACUUUACACCUGUAAUAUUUGUCAAAAGAGGUUUCCCUCAGUAAAUCGUCUAAAUGGACACAAAUUAAGUAUGCAUAUAGAAAACUAGCUGUCGCCCGCGAGUCCGUCCGCGUGGACUUCAGCUUGUAGCGUGCGGUGGUUCCCGUUUCCGUGGGGAUGCCAGGAUAAAAUGUAACCUAUAUUACUGCCUUUCCAUGACAGAGCUACUUUUGCGGCACGAAACGGUCCAAAAUUGAUGUCUUUAAAGGUUAAAUUGAUUUCUGGUAGUUUAAUUUCAU